AUGUCAGGCAUUGCGCAACCCACCGGUCGAGCUGAAGAGGUGCAAAGCCUUCUGAAAGCAGUUGAAGACCUUCUCAUUCCUUUUAUUCGGUCCGCGGACGAGUCUCUCGGAGACUCCCCCCAGAAAAAUGGCAGCAACGGCACAAAUGGACACAGCACCAAUGGCAACGGACACACCGGACCAGCCGGAACAUCGCUAGUAAACUACAAAACCCCGGAAGAAUUGCAAAAGAUCCUCCAACUUGAGAUCCCGGAGAAGGGCACCAAACAAGAAGGCCUCAUCUCAGUCUUGGAAAAAGUCCUAAAGUACUCAGUCAACACCUGGCACCAAGGCUUCCUGGACAAGCUGUAUGCAUCAACGAACGCGCCAGGUGUAGCAGCCGAGCUCAUCCUCGCUACCUUGAACACCAACGUCCAUGUCUACCAAGUCUCGCCCGCGCUGACAAUCAUUGAGAAAUUCACCGGACAGCGCUUGGCGAAUCUCUUCGGACUGAACGGGCCCCGGGCUGGCGGUAUCUCCGUACAGGGCGGAUCCGCAUCGAAUACCACCUCCAUUGUCAUUGCGCGCAACAACCUCUACCCGAGCACGAAAACCGACGGAAAUGGCGGGUACAAGUUCGUGCUUUUCACAAGUGCGCAUGGCCACUACAGCGUGGAAAAGGCAGCGCAGAUGCUGGGCUUUGGCAGCAGUGCUGUCUGGGGUGUUCCCGUUGACAGUGUGGGUCGCAUGAUCCCGAGUGAGCUCGAGAAGCUGGUCCAAAAGGCGCAGAGUGAAGGCCGCACACCGUUCUAUGUCAAUGCCACGGCCGGCACGACUGUCCUGGGCUCUUUCGACCCCUUCAAUGAGAUUGCAGCCAUCUGUCAGAAAUACAACCUGUGGUUCCACAUCGACGGUUCCUGGGGUGGUUCGUUCGUCCUCUCGCAAAACCAGAAGCACAAGCUAGCCGGUUCAGAAAAGGCAAACAGUAUCGCCAUCAACCCGCACAAAAUGCUCGGCGUUCCGGUCACAUGCUCGUACCUGCUAGCCUCCGAUAUCCGCCAAUUCCACAAAGCCAACACCCUCCCCGCCGGAUACCUGUUCCACAGCGAAGACGACGAGCCGACUACCAACGGCGAUGCAGCAAUCCCGGAGUCCGGAACCGAGAUCGAGUCCGCAGAAGUAUGGGAUCUAGCCGAUCUGACCCUCCAAUGCGGCCGUCGUGCGGAUUCGCUCAAGUUGUUCCUAGGCUGGACUUACUACGGUAAUGAGGGCUACCAGCAGCAAAUUGACUCGGCUUGCAGUAUCGCCGCUCAUAUGGCUAAUACCGUCGCACAACAUCCUGAUUUCAUCUUGAUCAGUGAGAACCCCCCGCCUUGUUUGCAGGUGUGCUUCUAUUAUGCACCGGGCAAGAAGUUUGUCUACCCGCGCGGCAUGGUCUCGGAUGAGAUCAUGCGUGGGAAGAAGAAUAGUAAGGUCACGGAGCAGGUGACGCAUGCGAUUGUGUCUAAGGGCUUUAUGGUGGACUUUGCGCCGCCUAGUGGUGAUGAGGAUGCGGUUGGAAAUGGGAAGUUUUUCCGCUGUGUGGCGAAUGUACAGACGACCAAGGAGACUGUUGAUGCACUUGUUCGUGCUAUUGAAGAGGUGGGGCCUGGGAUUGUUGAGCGUUUGAAGGCGAGUAACUCGAGUGUUCCGAGGAAGAGGCCUGGUGAGCAUGGUCACGGACCUGUUGUUCACCGUGUUUGA